AUGCACAUUAUCUUUCAUAUAUUAUUAAUCGUUGCCAUAUUUACAUUCAGUAUCCAUUGUCAAGGUGGUGAAGGUAAUGAUUAUGGCAGUGGUAAUUAUGAUAGUGGUAGUUAUAGCAGUGGUGAUGAUGACAGUGAUAUCAUUUAUCUAUUAUAUGCUAUUUGUUAUCUUUUAGUCGUUAUAUCUGAUAACGAGAUUAUUGUUCUCCUUUGGAAUAAAUUCGUAAAAAUAUUAAAUGAAAAUUACAUUGUUAUAGUUUCAUUAAUAUGUACAACAUCUCUUGCAAUAUAUAUUAUCGUAUUAAUACGCAAUUGGGUUCUAUCGAAUGAUACAUCACAUCCGUCAAACGUAACAUUCGUUAAUGAAGUCGAUUCAAUUAGCAAUAAGGCUAAUGCGGAGAGCUCGAACAGUCUUUUCCCAUCAGGUCAAUGGAUAAGUCGUUAUUUUCAAUAUAAAAAAUGGCAUGGAUCUCAUCUUUUUUCGCUUUCUUUCAACCAUGAACAACAAAAAGUCACAGGUUCGGGAAAAGACGAUAUCGGUGAGUUUUCUAUCGAUGGUAUAUAUUCGUUUAAUACUCGUCGAAUUGGCCUUACGAAAAAAUAUCAAAAAGGUACAGGAAAUUCAUCACAGAAUUUGGAACAUACAGUGAUCAUCCAACUUAAAUGGGAUUCCCAAAGACAAUUAUUCGAUGGUAAAUGGUAUGUCAAAACGAAGAAGUAUCAAGGUGAAGACAAAUUUGAACUUCAAUUUGAUCAAUCAACGACGAUUGUCGAUAAACAAUAA